CCAACGGCGAAAAUACUUGAAAAUUAAAUGCAAAACAUAAACAAUAUUUUCAAAGUUGAACGCUUAGAUCUCACAACUACAACAUAAAAAUCUCUUUUUUCGAAAAUGAUGGACAGAACAGAAUCUAGCAACAAAAUGUUGUUCUCCCGCCAGUGCCUUUCCUCUACUGCUACUACUACUACCACUCCCCGCUCAUCAUCAUCAUCAUCCUCAUCAUUCACAUUAUCCACAAGAAUGCAUAGUCGAGUGCGGCAUUUAACCUGCCCCUCCAACAAAUUCUUUGGCAACUGGCAGCUUAGCCUCUUGGCAUUGAUGAUUGCCAGCGGCUCUUUAAUGCUCAAUACACCAACAAUUGCGGCUUUCGAUAUUGCUACAUGCAAUGUGCCUUUAGGCAUGGAAUCGGGAGCAAUAACUGAUGCUCAAAUCACAGCCAGCUCAGCCCAUGACACAGGCUUCGUUGGGCCCCAACAUGCAAGACUGAAAACUGAUAAUAAUGGCGGUGCCUGGUGCCCCAAACACAUGGUCUCGAAUGCAUUGAAGGAAUAUCUGCAAAUUGACUUGCUGCAAACGCAUGUGAUUACCGCCAUAAGGACACAGGGACGUUUUGGCAAGGGUCAGGGUCAGGAAUAUACCGAAUUCUAUGUCUUGGAAUAUUGGCGUCCGGGUUUCGAUAAAUGGCAACGCUGGAAGAACACCCAAGGCAAAGAGAUUCUAUCGGGCAAUAUCAACACUUACAGUGAGGUGGAGAAUGCCUUGCAGCCCAUAAUAUUUGCCUCAAAGAUACGCAUUUAUCCAUAUGGUCAAUACGAUCGUACUGUCUGUCUGCGGGCCGAAAUCGUCGGUUGUCCAUGGCAAGAGGGCAUUGUUUCAUACAGUAUACCAAAGGGCGUGCAACGUGGCAUGGAAGUGGAUUUAUCGGACAAAACUUACGAUGGCAAUGAGCAGGGCGAUCGUUAUGUGGAUGGUUUGGGUCAAUUGGUGGAUGGACAAAAGGGCAAGGAUAAUUUCCGUACCGAUAUUCAUGGAUUUGGUAAAGGUUAUGAAUGGAUUGGCUGGCGGAAUGAUACACCCGGUCUGAUGGGUAAACCGGUUGAAAUUGCCUUUGAAUUUGAUACGGUUCGCAAUUUUAGUGCCGUUGUCUUACACACAAACAAUAUGUUCGCCAAAGAUGUUCAGGUCUUUGUGCAUGCUAAAGUCUUCUUUAGCAUUGGCGGACGAUAUUUCUCUGGUGAACCUGUGCAAUUCUCAUAUAUGCCCGAUACCAUAAUGGAUCAUGCCAGAGAUGUAACCAUCAAGCUACAUCAUCGUGUUGGCAAAUAUCUGAAAAUCAAUUUGUAUUUCGCUGUCAAAUGGAUAAUGUUAUCUGAGAUCAGUUUUAUAUCCGUGCCUGCCAUGGGAAAUUUCACAGACGAACAGGAGCAGAGAAGUAAUUCACCCAGCCAGGCAUUGGAUACACGCGAAUAUCCUUUGCAGAGCAACGACUAUCAGCACAAUCAUAAUAACAAAAACAAAUUGAAUGGUCCUGGCCAAGGUGGAAGUGGUCCUGGUGGCGCCAAUGGAGCGCCAUCAUCUGGUGGUAGCGAUUCUCACAAUAACAACAACUACAACAAUGGACCACAAUUAAUUGCGCCACGCCCCAUUGAUCAGGAGCCGAACAAUGCGAAUUUCAUUGGUGUUGUUAUUGUUGUUCUAACAACGAUAAUUAUCCUUUUGGUGGCCAUCAUUCUGUUUAUUGUAUCGCGCACGAAACGGGCCCGCGGCAGCAAUGUCCUGGAUGCAUUCCAAUACAGCUUCAAUCCCAAUACAUUGGGCGGCAAUGUGGAUAAGCAUCGUCCGAAUGGCAAUAGCAUUAAGGCCAGCGUUGAUGACAAUGAUUCCAUUGGCAAGAACAGUCUCUACCACGAGCCCUUUAAUGUGAAUAUGUAUACAAGCGGUGUGAAUGGUUACGCAGCGGUUAAUGAUUUACAAUGUAAUAUGACGCCAGACUAUACAGAUGUGCCCGAAGGUGGCUAUGCGGUGCCCCAUAUGCAGGACUACAUGCCGUCAACGAAAAUGGCAAAUGCCUCCGGCGUCGGCGGCGGCGGCGGUUAUGUGAAUGUGCGUCGCACACCACCGCCACCGCUGAGCAGCAUAUUCCCCAGGCCGCCGACAGUGCCGCCGCCGCCCAUGGAGAAAUAUUAUGCCACCACGGCCAUAUUUAAGCCCAUCAAGGGAGCCGGCUCAUCUGUGAGUGGUGGCAGCAACACGAACACGGUUAGCAGUGGCGGCGGCAAGAGCAAUCACAGCCAGGAGCACAAUGGCAUCUAUGAUGAUGGCAUGGGCACAAUGAAUUCCCAAUCCACCGCCCCCAUGAUCAAUCCGUAUAGCAGCAAUGGCGGUGGCAAUAGUGCUGCUGCGGCUGCCGCUGAAUUCCAACGCGCCCGAACCUACAAUUUCCGCAGUUAUCCUGAUAAUCUCUAGUUCGAAGCUUCACUAAAGUUGGCAACGGCGGGGGCUAUGGGCGGAACAGCUGAUCCAGCUACCAGUAAACGUUCCACCACCAGCAGCACCCUCACCAACAAUACAUCCUCCUCCAUAGUCGCCAACUCCUCAUCUAGCACCACCAUGCCCAAGAAGCCGCAACAUUUGAGUCUCGCCAAUAACAGCAGCAGCAGCAGUAAUACUCUGGCAUCUGGCAAACCCAAAUACAGUCUUACUCUGCACAAUAAUAAAUAUGCUGCUAACAAGAAUGCAACAGCAACGGCAACCACAACUCGAGACAAUCAUCAGCAGAGGCAACAUCUGAAGGCACUGCGUCUAACCAACAGAGAUGUAGUCAUGGGCACUGCAGAAUUGGCCAACUCAGACUAUAAACGGCCCACUUUAACGACAGGUCUCUCGCCCACAGAUGAGGUGAGCAUACAUCUAAAUCGAAAUACCAGCACAAUGGGCCAAGUCAGCAAGUCCUCGGCCAUUGCUAAUGGUGAAGCUUCAACUAAUAUCAGAGGAAUAUCGGGAAAUCUAACAAAACUAAAUGGAAAUGGUUUGGCAAAUGGAAUGACGACGACGAAUAAUAGUGUUAUUAGUACACAAAACAACAGGCUGUGGUAUCAUUGAUGAAAACCCCAUAUUGAAUGGAUUUGAGCGCUGAAACUCUACACGGACAUACAAAAAUUAAAUUAGCAAAGCAAAAGUUAAGUACAGAAACUUUACUCUUUUCCUCUACAGAGGAAUCGAGUGUCUUUGCUUUAACCAAUUAAGCCCACUGAACAGAAAGUAAACCCCAAAAAAAUGGACGCCUACAAAACGCUAAACAGAGCCGACAAAAUAUGCCAACGAAAUACGAAAAACAAAACAAGAAAAAAUAAUGAAAAUAAAAUUAACGAGACACCCUGUAAAUAGUCUAUCACACAAUGAAAAGGUAGUGAAAAGAAUGCAAAUAAAAAUUAAUAAAUUACGAUAGACAAAGCGAGCUGAAUUUAAAGAUAAAUCGAAUAAAAUGAGCACUAGAAAAAGAAAAGUUAAAAA